AUGCUCAGAGUUGGACAGCUCCAGAGAGGGAAAUUUAAAAACGGUUAGAGCUGCGAAGGCAGCCAAAUUGCGGACAGCGAGGGGCAAACGCAAGGGAGUCCCCCACCCUGUCGCAGCGCCGCCCCCAGCACUCCCAGGACCCGCUCCAGGAGAUGAUAGAGAGUGACAUUCCUCCCAAAGCGUCGGGAAUGAUCAGAAGCUCGGGGCUCAGCCACCACCGCUCUCCGCAGGAAUACAGGCUCCUGCCUCCCAUGGGUGAUGAUGGCCUCCCCGGGGACCUUCAGUCGCUGUCCUGGCUCACAGCUGUGGACGUGCCUCGACUGCAGCAGAUGGCAAGCGGACGGGUAGACCUGGGCAGCCCCGGUGCGCCACAUCCACACCCAGGUGCCUUGGCUGGGGCAGCAGACCUGAAUGUGGGUGCAACCCCACGUCCCCAGCUCCGUGGCCAAGCUGCCAUGGCCCCCAGAGGCAUGCUGGGUUUGGACCCCAUAGGCGGCCACAGAGCUAGGGCUGAGCAGAUGAACCAGUUCCCCAUAGGAGGCCGGUCAUCGUCGGGCCUACAGGAAGUGCCACACCUGUAUUCUCCUGCCACCCAACUCCAGUUCCCUCUGCCCCUGGGGUCCCAGCAGUGCCCGCCUGCAGGCCUCUACAGCUCUCCAUUCGCAGCGCGAUCUUCCUACCCACAAGCCCACAUGGCAGUACAUUCAUCUCAGGAGCCUCACCCCAAACACUACCCCAAACCCAUCUACUCCUACAGCUGUCUGAUUGCCAUGGCCUUAAAGAGCAGCAAGACCGGCAGCCUGCCGGUGAGUGAGAUCUACAGCUUCAUGAAGGAGCACUUCCCCUACUUCAAGACGGCCCCUGAUGGCUGGAAGAAUUCAGUAAGGCACAACCUGUCACUGAACAAAUGCUUCGAGAAGGUGGAAACCAAAUCCAGUGGCUCGUCACGCAAGGGCUGCCUGUGGGCCCUGAACCUGGCACGCAUCGACAAAAUGGAGGAGGAGAUGCACAAAUGGAAGAGGAAGGACCUUGCGGCUAUCCACCGCAGCAUGGCCAACCCAGAGGAGCUGGACAAGCUUAUUUCAGACCGUCCGGAAGGCUGCCGGCGUCCUGGCAAACCCGGGGAACCUGAGGCCCCCGUGCUGACUCACGCCACCACAAUGGCCCACAGCUGCCUGACCAUCUCCCAACUCCCACCAAAGCCACUGAUGAGCCUGUCCCUGCAGUCAGUCCCCCUGCACCACCAGCUCCAGGCACAGGCACAGCUGGCCCCAGACUCACCGGCACCAGCCCAGUCCCCCCCUCUUCAUGCCCUACCCAGCCCAGGGCCUCUCCCCCAGCCAGCCAUGGGUAGGCCUCCUGGAGAUUUCCUCAACAUCAGCACCGACAUGAACAUGGAGGUGGACGCCCUGGACCCCAGCAUCAUGGACUUUGCUCUCCAGGGUAACCUUUGGGAAGAGGUGAAGGAAGACAGCUUUAGCCUGGAGACUCUGGGGGCCUUCGGAGACUCCCCACUUGGCUGUGACCUGGGGGCCCCAAGCCUGACUCCUGUCUCUGGCAGCAGCAACCAGUCCUUCCCUGAUGUGCAGGUGACCGGUCUCUAUGCUGCAUACUCCACCCCAGACAGUGUGGCGCCGGCGGUGGCCACCUCUGCUCAGUACCUGGGCACUCCAGGGAAUAAACCCAUAGCUCUGCUGUGA